CCCAGGGAGGUGGGGGAGUCACUGUCCCUGGAGGUGUUCAAGAACUGUGGAGAUGUGGCACUGAGGGAUGUGGUCAGUAGGGAUGCUGAGAUGGGUUGUAGUUGGACUGCAUGAUCUUAGUGCUCUUCUCUAACCUUAAUGAUUCUAUGAUUCUACAUGAACUAAAACCAAACAACUUCUAGGCUGAGCCCAAAUCCUGUUAUCUUGACAGUUUUUUGUUCUCAGGGUGCAAUCGAAGUUUUCAUAACAAUUCUCACUGAAAGGGGAGAGAAAAUUGAGGAAAAGAAUUCCUCAAUUCUUACACCUUCUUUUUUUUCACGGUGGGAGCAGAGUCAGUACCAGAGUUGUAGACAUACACAAGACACAUGUUGCAAAGGUGCACUUAUAAAAGCUGCUUGUCCUGGUAAAUCAGAGCAAGAGUUCCUGCCUAAACUCUUUUAUACAUGCCCAAUAUUUCAGUUGUUGCAGUACCUAUUCGUCAGGUGUUUAUUAUAGGGCUGGAACAGGAGUAUCUGGAAAAAUUUGUAGCUGUUUCUCACAACAGUUCAGUCAACUUUAUACUUUGGGCAGUUUUCUAGUUUGGACUUCCCAUAAAAGUGCAAAUUAAGGAUCUGAGGACUCCAUGGACACUUAAAUGUUGAAGACAGCUUUCUUAGCUUUCUGCUGUCUUCAAGGAGGUUUGUCCUUGUCUGCAACAUGCACUCACCUGCGGGAGAAAUCCCUUUUGUGAAUAAUGAACUUAAAAGCAAAUUCCUUUUCCUUUAGCUUUCUGCCAGGCAAAAUCCUUCACCGCUCCCCCUUCUCUGCUGGUGCACUCAGCCACACUGCCAGGCUGCUUUGGACUGCCAGGAACAGCAGCAAGCGACUCAGAUGUGAGGGUGACCUGCAGAGCCUUGCUCCUGGGGAAGAUGCGGCAGAACAACGUUGUCCUUGUUUGCACUCAUUUAAAUGAGUGCCCGAAGUUUUUCCUUCCCCCUAUGCAGCACAUCCCCCGCACAGGCUCACAAAGGAUCACAUUCAUCAGUAAGCAGCAAUGAGCUAUAAUCCUUCUGAAAGACAUCAAGUUAUGCCAGCUCUUACCAGGGCUUGUCGUAAGGAGUUCAUCCUGCUCGGCUCACACAAGACCGAAGCAGUCUCUGCUGACUUCUGUACAUGUUGGUCUGGGGUUCUAAGAACCAACUGAGGCAAUUUCCAUGGGAUGGGAAAGGACUCCUCAGGUCAGUCCUGCUGAAGUGGUUACAUCUGCUGUGGGAUCUCAGUGACUUCCAUCUCAUGCUCCUCCCACAGACAAGAUGCUGCACAACCCCACUGCUCUGCAUGUUCCCUGCCCUUCCAGCCUCCAUUUAUCCAUGGCUGGUUUGCUCCCCUUUGUCACAUGGCCACUACCCAAAGCAGUUCUCCCUAGUACUGGUUUAUCCAUCUCAGUGAGUUUGUAGGGAGCAAGCAGCUCUUCACAGCAUUCAUUCCGUGAGAAUCAGAACCAAGCUCCUUUAGUUCUCUUGUUAAAGGGAGGCAAUGUUCAUCACCUGAUCCUCCCUGUUACCCUUGCAUUAAUCUGAAUUUAACAGCCCUGAAUCUUCCAAGAACAGAAUGGGAAGGAUGAUUGCAGCCUGGCUGAACCCAGACACCAGGAACACAGCUGGAAAAGCAAAGAUCAAGCCAAGCACAGCAGCAAAGCCGAGCAGGGAGGUGAAAGCUCCAAGCAGACUUGGGCUGCAGGAAAAACUGAUUGUGGUGGUGAUGUGAAAACACUGAGACAUAAAAAAAAAAAAGGCAACACAUGCUUAAUUAACUCUUGUUGGUUGACUCCAAGCUGCCCUGCCUUUCCUCGUCUUCCUUCCACAUCACAUUUCAUCUCUGUUUUUUCCAUCCUGGUUCACAUCCUUCCUAAAUUCUGUAUUUGUGUCUGAUCAACUUCUCCCUUUUCUGCUUCUCUUUUCUUAAUUUCCUUACUGGAAAAGUCAUGACCCCAUUCUGGACCCUUCUGGGAGGUUGGUCAGAGCGCAGCAAGGUGCUUGCUUUCUUGGAAGUCAUCACUAGCAAACACCAAAUGCUCUGAAGACUGAUAAGGAGGAGAUUUAAAUGGGCUUAAAUUGCUAGCUGGGCUUAUCAGCUCUUCUUAAGGGUUCUAGGUGGACUCCUGUUCAUUGAUAAAUCACUUCCACCUCUCACCAGAAUCCAGAAGUCCCCAGUUUGUUUCCAGCAACUUUGUCUCAAACCAAAAGUAUGAGUGAAAAUAAUCAUGACACUCAAGCAAAUAAGGUAGGCCCCCUCUUAUAGGGCACAUACAUGCAAGAGUGAGCUAAGUUCCUGACAUUCAUUCUGCUAAUCUGACCUUGGCCCUGCCAGGUGUGAUCCUCCCCAGAUUCCUCCUGUCUCCCACUCUCAUGGAGCCCAGCAAGAGCCAGCCAGUAGAGGUAGUUUCUGCAGAAACUCUAAUCAUCCUUUAGGUUAUCCUGGAGUCAUACAUCUUCCUCCAUCAAAAGGCACAGGCACUUUAAGCAAAAGAGAUAAUGGACAGUCAUAAAUUGCCGUAUGCUCCAAUAGCCCCCGCUGCUGUCGGGGAGAUGCAUUUGUCACCUAGCAACCAUGGAAGGUGGUGAAGAAAUAACAGAUUUUUAAGCUAAUGGCCACAAGUUAACACCUAUCAGAGAGCAGCCUCCAAAGUCCAAUGAUGAGAAACCAAGACCAAGAACUGAAGCUAUGCAUUAUUUUUCAGUACUGAAUGCUCAUCGUAGUACCUGCCCUUCUAAGUACUGUGGAUGAUGCGUUGGGUGGCUGUAAAUUGGAAGCACUCUCGGUUCUGGUAUUGGCAUGCAGAUAGAGGCAUCUCACUGGAGCGCAGGAGGGAGCUUUGAGGGGAGUAAUUGUGAGAGGAAGAAAUCUGAAAUUAGCGCGCUGAUGGAUGAUCUCUUUGAAGCCUGAAAUUGUAAGAGUCACAAGGUUCCCAGCAUGGCUUUGCACAUUUUUAUACUGUGGGGUCUUUUUCUUUUUAGAAAACAGAUAAGAAAUUGGUUUGGCAUUUCAUUGUUGAACAAAAUCAAAAAGGACUGGACUGAACCAGGACACCAACAUGCUCAGGCCAUUUAUAUUGUGUAGUGAAUCUACUUAGCAGCAUUAAGAGAGGUGCUUUCUCAGAAGGCAUCAUUUCAGCAGCUUGCCUUUAAUUAGCAGUGAGCUGAAGUGCACGUUUGAGAAAACCAGGCUUUAUACAAAGCACUGAAAAUAAAUAUCAAACCUGGCUUGAGCACAUGUAUCAGAGUUGGUUAGACAUCUUGACCUCUUCGCUGAGGAAAAACCAUGAAGACAUACCUCAAGAUCAGCUUAGCUCUGUCAAUCAUUACUGAAGUAAUGGCACCACAACAUAAUGCUUAACUUCUGGAGCGACUGGUAAACAUAUUCACAGCAACACUCUUUGUGUUAAACCUGGAAGAGCCGUAGCUAAUGGUGCGUCUCGGCCACAGGCUGUAAGCUUCAGUGACAACCUAUUAUCGGAUACCAAACAACCUAGCAUCAUCCCCACUUUGUGGUUAUCAGAGAUUCAAUGCAAACUGUGUUCCAUCCCAGUUCUGACUACAUGAUCCAGGUGUAGCUAUCAGUCAGCAUGAAAUCAGUGCUUGCAAUAAAAUUUGGUAUUUCAUAAAAACCACUUUAGGUGUCUUUUCCUGAUGCAUUGUCUUCUGCAACCAACCCCAGCAGCUGCAUUCAGCAGUGGUGGUGCUGGUGGAGGUGGGUUGGUGGGUUGGAUAGAGACUGACUUCAUGCUGAGAUCAGAGGCAUAGUGCACAGAAGCUUGAAGAGCAUUGCUCUUCCUGCAAUGACAGAAUUGCAGCUAAAGGCACCAUGUAAUGAAAGCAUAUCCACAAAAUCUGGUGAUUCUUUGCUUGUAGAAGGUCCUGCUAAAAACAGCUGUAGGUUAAUAUGGAACUAAGAUUCAGCAACAAGAAUUUGUAAACACCUAUGAAAAUGCCAAAACGCCUGCAAGGUGUUGACCUCAAACUAGUGUUCAUUUAACUUGUAGCAGCUAUUAGAGUGUGUCCAUGCAAAUCCUGAAUUUGUUUCCUGGCUAGCAGUAAUUUCCAAAGGGUGUAAAGCCUUUGGUAGUGAGCUCUGUGGUCAAAGGCACAAUGUGAAGGGAAGUUUUAAAAGCUCCAAAUUGCCGCCGCAAACGAAGCUCUUACUGCAUCUCUCCGAUUAGUGAUGCAGAGACCAAGAGUUUUGUGCUUCACUUCAUGGAUCACAGAAGCUGGAGUUCUGUAUUUUAUCCUCUUCCAGCCAGCAGGCUCUGAGCCCGACUGCGAGCCUGGUGAGAGGUGCAUCAGGCAGAACGAUGAAAACUUUAGCAGCUGGUAUGUGUGGUUCCUGACACUGUUUCUCCUGGCCCUGCUCCUGUCCUGUGGGAUCUGCUGCUGCCUGCAGUGCUGGCUAAAGCGGCGGAGCAGCCUCCAACCACGCACUCUGGCCGUCUUUGCACUCAGCAGCUCGGAUGCUUUCUGUGCAAGUGAAGCCCCUCAGUGCCCAUUUGCCAGAUCUCCAAGCACUUGUGUGAACGUGGAGAGGUCCUCCCCUGCCCUGCAGCUCAGCCCUGGGGGAACUGAGUUGCCUCCAUCUUACGAGGACAUAAUGAAGGAAAAUAAACUCUAGACACCACUUGUUGUCUUUCUGCAGUUUGUAGAAUCAUAGAACCAUAGAAUAUCCCAAGUGGGAAGGGACCCAUGAGGAUCACUGCGCCCAACUUCUUGUUCCACUUGGCUCAUCAGAGAACUUCCAUCGUGUUACAGUAGUGAGAGAAAAUCAGCCAAGAACCUAAAAAGCAGCACAUAUUUCACGUGAGCCUAAGAAGGGAGACCAAACGCAACACAAUAGAUGCCAGAAGCAUGUGUUGAAUCUGUCACAGGGGCUCGUGCUGACAUUUUGAUAGGGCUCUUGAAUUUUGAGGAGCUCACUGAAAGAUCUGUGCUCAGGGUUUUUGGCUCAGCCCACAGAUUUCUUUCUCGAGCUGGUGCAGCCCCAUGUGUUUUAGGAAUGAAUGUUGAUAAAUGAUUCGAUAGUUACUUCUCAAACUUGAGCUGCCUCCUUCAUUCGGCGCGGUGCCAGCAAACACCCUCUGGCAAAGUCAUGUUGUUCUAAUACAUUGUAAUGCAAUCAUGCCACUCUGAGAUGAAGAAUCGUUUGCCACAUUUAAAAUAUUUAGCACAGCAUAUCAGAUUUAUCUAGUGCAGAAGGCAGCAAAAUUUAUAGCCAGGAGAAGGAAAGCAAAGGAUGGGAGUUACAGGGGAAAUCUUGGCAGCUGCAAAACAAACAAAAAAGGGAGUUUGCUCACUUGAGCUAUCUUAAUUUAAUGGUGACUGACCUCCAUUCACAACUCUUACACUACUGUAUCUAAAGGCCUUGUAUGGCUCAGGACCCACCCAGUACCCACCCAGUCACUCUCCAUGGACAGGAAUUGCGGAAUCAGGGAUUUGGUGCUCUGUCACAGGAAUUUAUUAGGAAAAAAACUGUUAUUUUCUCUGAGGUGACCACUGCAGACAGGAUGGGGCGAUAACUCAAGAAGCUCUCCAGACUGCCUUGCUCCCAAGCAGAAUCAGCCCUAUCCAAGCCAUUCCUAGGAGGCAUAACCUGCCUAGUUCUCAAAUUACGGAGAAAAGAUGCAGAAUUUCCCCCUUAACACGAUUCCAGAUGAAAGCAAAGAUUUCCUUUAUUUUCCAUGAGCACUAAGAGUGGGGUCAGUUUGACCUCUUUUCCUCUGCUCUCUCAGUGGUGGCUGCAUUCAAAGUCCAGUGCUGCAGAAGCCAAAGGUAAAUGCCAUACUUAGCACGUGACCAGGGAACCAGGGAAGCAGAAUGGGCACCUGGGUUCAUUUUAGAUGGCACAGAAGAGGAAUCCUACCCCCAAGAGCAGUUCCCUAGACUUAGGGUGGGAGUAGUACCCAUUACCCUGCUCAGGGAGGAAACUGGGAAGAUAAAUCCACCGAAGGUUGUGAAGUGCUCGCAUAUCCUCUUAAUGAGGCUAUAUGAGUACCUCAGGUAGAUAAAGAAUAAUAGCAUAUUUUGAGAGACAAAUUCUCUGCCAGCACCACUACAAAUUAUCUCCAUAAAAUCUUAUUUUAGAAGCAGCGUUAAUGUUUGACUCUCGUGUGAGAGGAAAUAAAUGUUACUGUAGCAAAAUGAAUGCUUGUGCCAGCGGGCUGAAAUAUUACGGGGUUUAUUAAUAAGGAAAAUUAGCAAGUACAGAGUCAGCCAGCAGAGAAGUUGAGCAGUCCCUGAGUGUCCUUUCCCUCGCUGAACUGCAGGUGAUUAGCACCUCUCAGGAACAGACCUUUUAUAUACAUAACUGCUUCCACUACUCAGCCUCUUCAAUUUACGCCCUGAAGCAUGAGAUUUGAUUAUGUUUGUCACUUCAGCUUGCACAGCCUGCUAGUGGGCAUUAAAUCAGCCGCCGCUUCCUUCCAACCUCCGCGCAGCAUUAGCUGCAGUGACCCUUUGGUGGAAGUGCACUCCACAGGCUGUUUGCAUUACGUGCUGCAUAAAACACUGCCCUCCUCUGCUUGUUAAUUGCUCGCCCCUAAAUACACAGCCACCCCCUAAUUUCACUGAAUGUCAUCUUCUAAUCAGAUGACCAGAGAGGCUAACAAGCAAGGAGAGCUCUGUUCAGUGUCUCCAUCACUCUGAAUCCCUCUUUCACAAAUUCCAGCAAGCAGCAUUCAUUUCCAAGGAAGUAAAUCUUUCCCCAACCACCCAACAGAGGGCAAGCGAGACUUUCAGCAACGCUGCGAGGUGGCUGCAGCUCUUGCAGGAGUUUUGCUGGCAGCAGGCUGUUGAUCCUGAGCUGCUAGUGUGCAUUCUGCUUUGUGUCUAGGGUGAUUUCAUCAGGCAAAAAGAAAUGAAAGGAUUCAAUCAAAACUGUGAAGAGUGGUUUCCAGUAAAGCGUGGUACUGGUUGUCACCAUGUCACUUCUGCAAAGCAGAGGGAGCCCUGGGCAGCUAUGUGUGAAAAGGGUUCAUGUGGGAUUGCUAGGGGGUGAGUUGGUGUUUUUUUUUAAUAAGCCAACCUUGCUGGCCUGGGGUGGGGAAGCGGAGCACCCUGAGAAAGAUCUGAUAGCUCAGUGGGAAGGGCAGCCCAGCUCAUGAGAGGAGCUGUUCUGGUCCUUGGCUUCCUGACUGUGAAAACAAAAAAAGGGAUGAGCUCCUUCCUUCUGUAAGUAUUUUCAGGAAGCCCCAUCAGUCUAAUGCUGCUCCACAAAAGCUACCCCUCUUAGCCUGCAUGCACCCUUACUCCCUGGUGCUCUGGCAGAAUUAUAGAAUCACUGAGGUCAGAAAAGACAACUAAGAUGACCAAAUCCAAGCCGUCCCCACAAUGCCCAUAACCAUGUCCCUUGAACACCUCCAGGGACAGUGACUCCACCACCUUCUGGGCAGCCUGUGCCAGUGCACCACUGCUCCUUCUGGUAAGAAACUUUCCCUAAUAUCCAACCUGAAUAUCCCCUGAUGCAACUUAAGGCCAUUAUCUGUCAACGUUUUUGUAGACCAGUGUUUCCAUCCUUACAGAAGCAGAAACUUUACACGAAAUCUUAUGCUUUUAUGAACACUCAGCUCUUAACAAGGUCAAUUAUUGGAGUUUGGCUGAUGUUUCCUAAGCUAUAUGGAAAGAUAAGUUGUUUCUUUACAACUCAUUGCCUUAGAAGUUGAGUCUACUUCGAAAAUGUUCUGCUGUGACCUUCUACUUCCUCUCAUCUUGUCAUAUGUACUGCCCACUGACUGACUGAGAAGAAAUAGCAAGCUGCUCUAGAAAAGUCCAGAAAAUACUGAAAGGCAGGUUUAUUUGUGAAGACACUCAUCAAAAAACCUUGACAGGCGGAAACAGGGUCAGAGAAGAGUAGAUAAUUGCUUGGUGACUAUCUGGAAGCAAGAGACAAUGGGAACAUGGGGAAGCACAGAGUUGGACUUUCACCUCCACAUGUCAACAGCUGAAUAAUAACGUCAUUAACUGGCUCUUGAGCAAAAUAGAGCAAAAAGGAAGGUGGCUGAAUCAUAGCAGGGAAUCAGCCAGGGCUGCCAGGAGGGUUGCAUAUGAAUAUGGUCAAAAAACUAGAAUUGUUAAUUAAUCUCUUCUUUGAUUGUCAUCUGAAGACUCGGCUACAGGCUUUUGUAUAGGAAGGAAGAGGAUGAGGCUGGGGACAGAUACUCUCUGGGUAACUCUAUGGUUCAGGCUCUUUCCUUUCUCGCUCAAAAGCAUCUUACAGCAGGAACUCAAUAGCUGUCCUCUGCUCCCUGUGACAGUGUUUGAACAGAGUAUUUUUGUUCACUGUAUUUAAAAGUGGUAAAAGAGCAAACAGUGGGUUUCCAGCCCCAUCUGAGAGAGAAAACCUAGUUUUCUUGGUGGAAUUAUACUCUUCUCUCUUUGCAAGUUUAAAAAAUUGAUGAGAAAUAGAUAUGCCAAAAUUAGGGAUAGAGUUGACCAGCUGUCAAAGCACUGCUGCCACUACUACUGAUGUGCACUGGGGUAUGGCAUCUGUCAGUAUUAGCAAAGGUCUGGAAAAAGUCUACUUUCCUAAAACCUGCUUUCCUUCCAAGAAAGCAGUGAUUUCCGUCCCAGAAAUCAGGGCAGAUCACCUACACAAACAUCUCCUUGGGCAAACCUUGGAAGAGGCAUUAGAGGAAGAUGACACUCAAAGGCAACUCUAUUUAUUGUAUCUCAGAAAUAUGACAAUAUGUAAGGAAAACAGAAUUCUAAAGAAACAAUCUUAUCUAGUGAAAAUAAUAGUUCAGGUAUACUGAAUUCACAGAAAAAAUCAAUGUGUGUGAAACGUACCAAAAUCCAUGUUUUAGAAAAUAUCCGUGCACCUGCAUGAGGAUAUGUUAGUUCACAAGGACAGGAUAAGAAUUUCAUGAUCUGAUCAGGGUCACUGAAGUUUCAAAAUUCUCUCUGGCUAAAUUAAGGUGAAAUGACAUCUAACAAUCAGCAAAUGUUUAUUUGUAUCCCACUGUGAUAACAUUUGCUUGAGGGUAAUAAGGGGUGUGGAAUACCCACUGAAUGUCUUCAUCUCAGGCCUGUCAGUAAAUUGACUCCCAUUAUUUGAUUGUAUUGUUUGGGGUUUGGGCAAACAGCUAAACUAGAGCUUCAAACCCCUCACAGUGUUAUCUCCUGAGACUGCUUGGCCUGGGUCAACUCUGAUACAAUCUCAACCCCAACUAAUACAUACUGCUUCCUUUCAAAAAGUCAAAAUAGAUGAAUAGAAUCAUAGAAUCAUAGAAUUGUUUGGGUUGGAAGGGACCUUUCAGAUCAUUUAGUUCCAAUUCCAGAGACACAUUCCACUAGACUAGGUUGCUCAAAGCCCCAUCCAGACUGGCCUUGAAUGCUAUUUGCCAAGCACCCCACAGCCCUUUGUUAUCUUCCACAUGCAGGUGUUGGUCCUUAGGAGGGUUAUGUUCUCCCAGUGAGGUGAGACAUAAGGUCCCCAACCAACACCUUCCCAUGUAAAAGCAAACUAUUCUUGUCUGUUUCUUGCAAAGACCUUUACAAAGAGUGAGUUCAUAUUAGAGCUGCAAUAAGAGCCCUUCUGGCCAAGGCUGACCAAGACAGUGAAAGGACAAUAUACUGCAAGCAGGAAAGGACAGCUACUGUAGAUGUCAUCAUUUUAUUAUCUUUCUCUUGCUUGCAUACAUCAAAAUGGGUAAUCAAUAUCUAUUUGUAGAGCAUGAAAUCAUCUUAGAAAAGAGCAAAGGCAUUGCUACCCUCUGUAACCUACAAUCAGCCAGAGUCCCGAUAGGCUGCCCCAAUAAGGAAUUUGGAAGAACUAAAGAAAACACCUUAAUACAUGA